GAAGUCGGAACGUCGUCGUCUCCUCCUCUCUCUCUCUCUCUCUCUUCUGUAGUAAGUAGUAACACACUCAAACGAAUCGCUCCAUCUCUUUCGACUCGCCGGAACUUAUGUGGAACACCGGCGAUUCUGACGAUGACGACUUCCAAAUCCCUCCUUCCUCACAGCUUUCGAUUCGAAAACCUCUUCAACCUGCCAACGCUACCAACAUCUCUCACCUCCCUCCGAACAAGAAGCCCAGACUCAGCCGUUAUCCGGGAAAGGAGAAUGUGACUCCGCCUCCGUCUCCGUCUCCUGAAUCUAGCUCCGACCCGUCUGGUAAUUAUGGUACGGAUCUGCUCUACUCCUCUUCCUCCACUCCAGACUGUAGCUUAGAUUGUAUACCGUCGAGUGUUGAUUGCUCUAUCGGAGACUUCAGUGCUCCAAUUUGUUCCCUCGUUGAAGACGGCCAAGUUUUAGUUGAUAAAUUGGAAAACGAUGACUGUUUUAAGGCGAAUCGUGAGGGCUACUUGUGCAAUUCCAUGGAGGCUAGGUUAUCGAAGUCGAGGAUUCGUCUUGGGAUUGAUAGUGGAAUCCAUGAGGAUGAAAGUUUUGUUGAGUCCGACUCUGAGCUUGACGUCUUGUUAAAGCUUUGCUCUGAGUCUGAGGGUAACAGUGGAGAGUGUAGUUUAAGCAAGGAUGAUUUGAUUCAGUGUCCACUGUGUUCGAUGGAUAUUUCAGCUUUGGGUGAAGAGCAGAGGCAAGUUCAUACCAAUAAGUGUCUUGACAAUUCAGAUAACCAUGCUCCUGAGCAACUGCAAGACUCUCUGAAGAAAUGUGAUAAGUCAUCUUCUCUUAUUGAAGAAUCUAUUGAUGAUCCAGUUCAGCUUCCCCAGCUAGUUACUGACCUGUCUCCAGUGCUUAAAUGGCUUCGGAGUCUAGGUUUAGCUAAAUAUGAAGAUGUUUUUAUUCGCGAAGAGAUCGACUGGGAUACCCUUCAUUCACUCACUGAGGAGGAUCUUCUAAGCAUAGGUAUCACAUCACUUGGUCCCAGAAAGAAGAUUGUGAAUGCACUUAGUGGACUUAGAGAAGUAGAUGCGUCUUCAGCUGAAGAAGCACAGGCGCAGCGUCAUUGUACAAGUUCCCAUAUUACAGGGAGACAUGAGGACAAGACAACCAAUCGUAAGGCAAGUGUGCCCAAAAAACCAACUGCAAAUAAGUUGAUUACAGAAUUUUUCCCUGGUCAAGCUACCGAGGGCACAAAGAUUCGGAAGGCCCCUAAAGAUCCUGUGGCAGAAAAGAGUCCACCAGAUUCGAGCUCAAGACGUGCUGUGAGAAGAAAUGGCAACAAUGGAAAAUCUAAAGUCAUUCCACGGUGGAAUUGCAUUCCGGGGACACCUUUUCGAGUGGACGCAUUCAAAUACCUAACACGUGAAUGUUCCCACUGGUUUCUUACACACUUUCACCUUGAUCAUUAUCAAGGUCUGACAAAGUCAUUUAAUCAUGGGAAGAUAUACUGUUCCCUAGUUACCGCGAAGUUGGUAAAUAUGAAGAUUGGGAUCCCAUGGGAGAGACUACAUGUCCUGGACCUUGGCCAGAAAGUUAACAUUGCAGGCAUUGAUGUGACCUGCUUUGAUGCAAACCAUUGUCCGGGAUCCAUCAUUAUGCUCUUUGAACCAGCCAACGGUAAGGCUGUUCUACAUACGGGUGAUUUCCGCUAUAGUGAAGAGAUGUCAAAUUGGUUGAUUGGAUCGCAUAUCAGCUCUCUUAUUCUUGAUACUACAUACUGUAACCCCCAGUAUGACUUUCCAAAGCAAGAGGCGGUAAUACAGUUUGUUGUUGAGGCUAUUCAAGCAGAAGCAUUUAAUCCCAAGGCCCUUUUCUUAAUUGGAAGCUACACCAUUGGGAAAGAGAGGCUGUUCUUGGAAGUUGCACGUGUGCUACGGGAAAAGAUAUACAUCAAUCCCUCAAAACUAAAACUCCUCGAGUGCUUGGGAUUCUCAAAGGAAGAUAUGCAGUGGUUUACAGUGAAGGAAGAGGAGAGCCACAUUCAUGUUGUGCCCUUGUGGACGCUUGCCAGUUUCAAACGGAUGAAGCAUAUAGCUAACCGAUACACAAACCGUUACAGCCUUAUUGUUGCAUUUUCUCCAACUGGUUGGACAUCUGGGAAGACUAAAAAGAAGUCCCCAGGAAGAAGGUUGCAACAGGGUACAAUAAUAAGGUACGAGGUUCCUUACAGUGAGCAUAGCAGCUUCACGGAGCUAAAAGAGUUUGUGCAAAAAGUGUCGCCUGAAGUUAUCAUACCGAGUGUUAACAACGAAGGACCCGACUCUGCAGCUGCAAUGGUGUCUUUGUUGGUUUCGUAGAACUGUGUUUUACAUCUGCGACAAGCUCAAGUUUGCAUAAAAGGCAGCCUCCUUGGCUACCAAUUGAGCAGAGGCAGAGCCGUCAAAGGUCUAGAGCAAAAAUUGAAAUAUCAUGUUCUAUCUAAUUGUAGUUAUGUAACCACAUAUUAUGUUGUGUUUUUCUUUUUCUUCACGGACUCCAAAUGUAAUUGUUAAAUCAACUUCUUUGUUUUUUA